AUGUCAGAAGAUCAUGACAAAGAUGCUACCGAAAGUGAUAUUCAGUUUGAUGCUAGUCAGUGCAAACAAUCGUGUGCAGAAUCUGAGAGAGUAACAGAGACAGCUCAAGAAGAAUCUGUUGAAACAAAAAGUGCCAAUACUUCUAGCGAAGUCCAAACUAGUCCGAUAAGUAGCAUAGAAAAUAGUCAGUGUAAUUUAAAUGAUAACAAAGAUUCUGCGGUUAGCAAUGUUAAGCAUAAAGGAACGCUUAGUUGGACUCUCGAAGGUUCUGAGUUUAAGUUAUCAUGGAAGCUGCCAGAUGGGACAACCUCAACGGAAGAUUUCAUCGCGCUGUGUUACGCAGAGUCGGCGGGCAUCGCUGGCGUCGUCGGGCGCGUGCCGGCGACCGGAUGUGCCACCGGCGACAUAAUGUGGCUGCUUGAUGAGCCCAAUCAGCCUUAUGAAGAUUGCGAGCAGCUGCUCUGCUUCCGGUAUUACAAUGGCGAGGGCGACGAUUGCGUCGCAGAGUCUUCUACACUACCUCCACGCUUUAAGGUUGAUCUCAAGAAACUGCCCCUACGCCUUAAAGAAGGCAUUUCAAGGAAACGCAGUGGUGACCACGUGUCACCAUUCUCGUAUAACAACGAGAGUUUUGAAAUGAAUUCCGAGAACACACCAAGAGUGGAGCACGUAUCAGGCACCAGUCAAGACAUCAAGCAUCUCAGUGAGAAUGUUAACAAAUGCUCAAUUAGCGCUUUAGCAAGUAGCGAUAAUGAACUCCAACGAACAAAAUGUGAUCCUAGUAAAUCUCGUAAUAGUAACAUAAGUAAUGAAUCUCAAUCUGUAAAUAGUGAAUCUCUAUGUUCCGCAGAAAAUAAGCCUACGUCUUCGGGAGUAAAGAAAAAAUAUCCACCACCGGUCGACACAGGCGGCGUAUUAGCUUUAAAUGGUGUGAAGAAGAAAUCGAAAACUAAUAGUGGAUUCGAUUCGCCUACUUCGCCAGACACCGAGUAUUACAAAAUUUGGUCGCCAAAGAAUCCUUGCAAAAUAAUGAAAUUCGUAUAUGACGUCGAAGGUGCUAACGUGCCAAAUGAAGCGGAAAAGUCUCCGGUACCUCCGUUACCACCGAGACAAUCGCAUAAACCACUGGAGAGAAUGCACGCAUUGUCUCCGCCGCAGGUACCGAGACAUAGAAAGCCAAAAAAAUUUACAAAACCCGAAGACGCAUUCACUUUUGAAUUAAUAGACACAGAUGAACAAUUUUUCACAGAUAAAAACAUUAACCGUUCGUCAGCCUUACAGGGAGGAAUAUAUGACUUUAAACCAGGAGAGUUUUUCUCUGGUAAUCAUGUAGCUAUGUCCACGUCAACAAGUUUUUGGAGGGAUGGCCAAAAUGCAGCUCCUUUAGCGACACCUGAGACUGACGGCAGCUUAUGUGAAUCAACAGUUUCUUCCAUGAAAUUAUCUAAAUUAAAGGAGGAUAAAAGAACAGAUGACGCUCCUGAUGGUUCGCCUAGUGUAAGUAGAAAUAAAAUGUUGUUCAUUAAAGAUAUUGGUCCUGAUAAUUAUAUAUCAACGACGUUUGCUCGAAAAGACAAGACAAAUGUUGUGGCUGAUGCCGUAGAUGGAUUAAAUCCUACGCCAAACUAUGCUAAGUCUGAAGAAAAAGCUCAGAAUACGUUUUUGAACGAUAUCAGUAAUCAUUCGGAAUUUGAAGACGAUAAUAGGAAUCAAAUCGAAGAGAAGGAGAUAACAAUUACGAAAGGACAUAAGCCGCUUACUCGACAAAGCUCUGGCCGCGCUAGUACACCGACCAUGAUGACAGCUUUUUUAAACUCUUCACAUAUUGAUGGUUCAAGUAGAGAUAUAGAUAAUAGUUCAAACGCACCUAGUUCCUGCAACUCUUCACAUUCAGCUUCUCCUGUUGAUGAAAUCAGCAAACCAUUUCCAAGCGUGGGUACGAUGAUUUUGAAUCGAAAAUACUCAUGCGACAAUUCAUCGCCUAAACAUUCUAGUCUACCUCGGCAUCUGCUUAAGAAUCUUGGCUGCGAAAGUACGCCAAAGCACUCGCCUCAUAAAACUUCUAAUAACUCUGAAAGUCCAAUGAGACCGCAUCCAAGAGUGCUGGCAAGAGUAGCGGCUUUGGCGGGAACUGCAACACCUCAGUGUCCACCGACACCCACCCACCACGCUAGAAGGCCAAGGCCUAUUCCGCCACAAGAUUUGCAUCCCCCGCCAAUACAGAACACUGAGAACUUCGAAAUGGUGGAAUUUACGAGUGAGCUAAGAACUUCGGAGAUUAGAUCUCCCAACCUUGAGUUUGUAAACAGUAAUCACUUCACGAUAGUGCAUGCUGGGCCUCCUGACGAUGUGGUGCUGAGGAGGCCACAGUCUGAAGACAAUGAUGAUAAUGACAAUGCCGUUGCAUCACCAACGCCUUUAAGACAUAUGGCUGGCAUCAGGUUACCAUCCAUACCAGAACGUGCUUCAAGACAAAUGGCAUUAACGGGUGAUUUUCCAGCGAAUAUGAUUGGUGGAAUCAUCGAGUGUGAGGAACCCUUGCCUGCAGGCUGGGAAGCGCGUAUGGACAGUCAUGGACGCGUGUUUUACAUUGACCAUAUCAACAGGACGACGACGUGGUCGCGGCCCAGCGCGAACGGGACCGCUUCUCGCUCCCCAGCGCCUGAGGUGCAACGGAGACAACUCGAUAGGAGAUACCAGUCGAUCCGGCGCACGAUGACGCGCACGCAGCUGGGCGACGAGGCGGGCGCGCCGGCGGGCCCGUCGCAUGCGUCCCCCGCGCCCCCCGCGCCCGCCGCCGGCUCCCCCGUGGCCGCCGCCGCGUGCUGCGCGCCACCCGCGGCACACUUCGGCGCGCCCGCGCACUCCCCGCCGCCGCCCGCCGCGCCGCACCCCGCCGCCGAGUUUCUCGCGCGCCCUGACUUCUACUCUAUAUUGCAUAUGAACGAGGAGGCAUCGGCGCUGUACAAUGGCAACUCAACGCUGAAACACAUGAUCUCCAAGAUCCGGCGCGACACGUCGUCGUUCGAGCGCUACCAGCACAACCGCGAUCUGGUGGCGCUCGUCAACAUGUUCGCUGAGGAGGACCGCGAGCUGCCGCUCGGCUGGGACACCAAACUGGAUCGCAACGGGAAGCGGUUCUUCGUGGACCACGUGGUACGGCGCACGACGUUCAUGGACCCGCGCCUGCCGCGCGCGCCUCGUCCCGCCCGCGCGCCGCCCGGCCCCUUCUCGCCGCUGCUGCCGGCGCGCCGUCGAGCCGCGCACGCGCCGCACGCGCCGCACGCACUGCAGGCACCAACUCCACCGCCACGGCCGCCCCUCACUACAUCCGAUGCGCACGCGCACAAUUCACAUCAAGAAGUACCUGUUGCGUAUAACGACAAGGUGGUGGCGUUCCUGCGGCAGGCGAACAUCAUGUCGAUCCUGCGCGAGCGCUGCGGCUGCGGCGGCGCGCUGCGCGACAAGGUGCACGCCGUGCGCGUCGAGGGCGCGCCCGCGCUCGCGCGCUUCCAGAACGACCUGCAGCUCACCUGCCUGCUCAGCCUGUUCGAACAGGAGAUCAUGAGUUACGUGCCUGCGGGCGGCUGCGGAAGCUAUACCGCAUCGCCGGCCGCGUCCCCGGCGGCCGCGCGCUCCACCCGCGCUCCGGCGCCGCAACGCAGAGACUUCGAGGCCAAGCUGAGGGCCUUCUACCGCAAGCUAGAGAGCAAGGGCUACGGACAGGGGCCCGGGAAACUUAAAUUGCACAUCCGUCGCGAACACCUACUCGAAGACGCUUUCCGACGUAUCAUGUCUUGCGGCAAGAAGGAGCUCCAGAAGGGAAAGCUCUGCGUGCUUUGGGAUGGCGAAGAGGGCUUGGACUAUGGAGGUCCCAGCCGGGAGUUCUUCUUCCUCCUCUCACGAGAACUGUUCAACCCUUAUUAUGGACUGUUCGAGUACUCCGCGAAUGAUACCUACACGGUGCAUGUUUCUCCGAUGUCGGCUUUCGUCGACAACCAUCAGGAGUGGUUCCGGUUCUCAGGACGUGUUCUGGGCCUAGCUCUGGUACACGGAUACCUGCUGGAGGCGUGGUUCACGCGAGCGCUGUACCGCGCACUGUUACGGCUUCCCCCUGCGCUGGAGGACGUCGAUGCGUUGGACGCGCAAUUCGCCGCUUCUCUGCGCUGGUUGCAGUCGGCGCGCUGCGUGUCGUCGCUGGAGCUGACGUUCGCGGUGUCGGAGCGGCUGGCGGACGGGCGCGUGCUGGAGCGCGAGCUGAAGCCGGGCGGCCGCGACCUGCCCGUCACCGAGCGCAACCGCCACGAGUACCUCGAGCGCGUCGUGCGCUGGCGCGUGCAGCGGGGCGUCGCCGCGCAGACCGAGUGGCUCGUGCGCGGCUUCCACGAGGUGGUGGAUCCUCGGUUAGUGGCGGCAUUCGAUGCGCGAGAACUGGAACUGGUGAUAGCGGGCGCGCCGGAGCUGGACGUGGCCGACUGGCGCGACAACACGGAGUACCGUGGCGGGUACCACGACGCACACCCCGUCAUCAUCUGGUUCUGGCAGGCCAUCGACAGGUUCACCAACGAGCAGCGGCUGCGCCUGGUGCAGUUCGUGACGGGCACGUCGUCGAUCCCGUACGAGGGGUUCUCGGCGCUGCGCGGCUCGACGGGCCCGCGCCGCUUCUGCAUCGAGCGCUGGGGCCGCGUGGAGUCGCUGCCGCGCGCGCACACGUGCUUCAACCGCCUCGACCUGCCGCCCUACCCCGCGCCCGCGCUGCUGCACGAGAAGCUGCUGCUCGCCGUCGAGGAGACCAACACCUUCGGCAUCGAGUGA